GUUGGUUUGGUUUGUGGUUAGGUUGUUUUAAAACCAAAGUGAGGUGUUGUGGGUGAUUUACGUUAACUGUAAUUUUUAAAACGCGUUAAUUGAAUGAUUUUUAAUUUAUAAAGUGUAUUUAAUUCGAUCUCCAGACAAUAUAACAAAAAAUGGAUUACACAGUCGAUAAUAACGCCAGAAUUACCUUACAAUCGUACGAAAUAGCAGCACGAAAUGUGGAUAAAUCGAUUACGAGCGAUAAUUCAGGACCGACUCUAUUUGAAGUUAUGAAUAUCUCGCCUCAAGCGGGACCUACCUCCAGUGGCACUUCGGAUAAUGACUAUCCCAAUCUUAGCAGAUUCCCACCAGCUUUAGCUAAUGUUCCCCAACUUAAGGUUUUUAGUAGAGUGUCUUUACCGGCAGAAAUUCUGGAACAAAUGAACCACAUGCAGUGCCAUAGUAUGAUGGGUCUAUUUACAGAAAUUAAUCGCGCCUGGGUUACUGUAGAUAGUGACAUUUACAUUUGGACCUACGAGAAUGAAGGUGAUGUAGCGUACUACGAUGGCUUAAACGAGAGUAUUCUAUCUGUGGGAUUAAUCACACCAAAAGCUGGGGUGUUUCACAACUUCAUCAAGUACCUUCUGGUUUUGGCCACCACAUCAGACAUAGUAGUACUUGGCGUCACAUUUCAUCCCGGUCCGAAUGACGAAUUGGAGGAAAUUCAUUUAGUACCCGAACCUGUUUUUUCUGUACCAACUGAUGGGUCUACUAUAACAACAAUAGCCGGCACGACGUUGGGGAGAAUAUUUUUUGGUAGUAAAGAUGGAAGCGUGUUUGAAAUAUCGUAUCAGGCGGAAACUAGUUGGUUUGGAAAACGGUGCAAAAAGCUAAAUCAUUCAACUACCACAUUAUCCCUGUUAAUUCCUCCUUUCCUAAAUACUGCUCUCAGUGAGGAAGAUGGAAUUGCACAAAUUAGCAUCGAUAACACAAGACAUAUUUUGUAUUGCUUAACUGAGAAAGGGGCAAUUAGGGUGUACAAUUUGGGAGAGAAAGGAGAUUCAUUUAAUAAAGUGUGUAAAGUAACACAAGCGUCGUUGGUACAUCAAGCUGUGAGUAUAGUAAAAACUUUGGAUAGUCAAAACUUUCAUCCCGUUGUAAGCAUAUCGGCAGUUGAGGCAACAGAAUCAGCUUUUAUUAAUUUGGUAGCUGUUUCUCAAUCUGGAGUAAGAUUUUACCUUAGUGUUGUUGGGUUUUCAAAUAUGCAACCCAAUCAAAGGCCAUACACUCUUACUUUGAGACAUAUUCGACUUCCUCCUGGAUAUUCAGCUACUAUGACGUCUAGACCCAGAAUGGCACAUCACUCACUUUAUCGGGAUAACACUUUAAUGCUUCUAUCUACUGUCAACGAUAAAGAUAUUGUUUGGUGCGUAAGUUCUGACAUGUUUCCGUUUAGUACAAUGUUCAUGGAAGCCUACACAACAGUUCCAUUGGACGGACCUGCAUGGGCAAUGGCCGAGAUUCAAAGCCCUGUUGUAUACCCCUCACAAGCAUGCGUUCAAGCUCCACAAACAGUGGUACGUCAACAUGCAGAACCACCACGGAAAUAUGUCAUCCUAACUGCAACAGGCGUUUAUAUAUUUCUGAAGUUAAGACCUGUCGAUUUGCUGCGUCAACUGUUGACCGAUUGCCAAGGUCCAGAAAAUGAUGCAGUUAAGGCAUUUUUUGCCAUAGAAAAAGAAGAUCAAGCGUGUGCAACCAGUUUAAUCUUAGCUUGCCUGGAAAGUAUGCAGAAUAUGGAGGUAUCGGAAUGGGCUACUAGAGCGUUUUUCUUGUAUGGGGGAGAACCAAAAAUAGCAACAGUUCCUGCUUUUAUGCAAACUACCUCAUCACCUCACCAAACUUCGUUCUUCCCAAAUAUUAUGUCUACACCAAUACACCCACAUCAAUCACCGCAGCAGCCCUCAAUGACUAGCAUUCGUCCAGAUCCACCCAAUAACUCCUUCAGAGGAAUUGCACCAUUUGUUUACUCCUCAAAACAUAACGGAUUAUACUUAUACCUAGGGCGUAUACUACGUCCCAUAUGGAAUCUUCAUUGUGUUGACAAACUGGGAAUUAGUCAAAAAGAACAAGUUCUCCUUAAAAGUACUAUAAAUUCGGAAGACUGCGUGUUGAUAUUAAGCCAUUUAAAUUCGCUUUGGAUGUUUCUUCGCAAAAAUACGCACCUAACUAUAACUGCCAAUACAGUUAUCAACCAAACAAAUGUCACAUCGCUCAACUUAUCACAUCAACAAGUCAAUCCUACCAGCAUCAACCAAACCUUGCAAGAUGCCCAACUGGAGGAAAGACAAUCGUUGGCUUCUUUUAAAAAUUUUGUCGCUCACUGUUGUCAAGUAUUUGGACUUUGGAAGAUACUCUGCGAACAUCAAUUCCAUCUGCUAGCUUUAACACUCUCACCAGAUCAACAGCAAGAUUUACUCCAGACUUCCUUUAAAAACUUGGUGUUAUAUGGUCACGAUAUUUGUGUGAACUUCAUUAACAGUCUAAUCACUAGUUAUCUCAGUGACAAUGCACUUAUUGACACGAUUAGUGCAAAAUUACGCGAAACGUGUCCAGAUUUAUAUAAGGACGAAGACGCGGCUUGUUCUAAAGCUUAUGAGCUACUGAAAAUCGCCAAGACCACUCCAAGUGUAAGCGAAAAAGAAGAUCUUAUAAUAUCUGCUUUACGCCUUUGUAAAUCUGUUUCACCAAACUUAAAUCUGUACGAAAUAUGCCAAUUGUUAAUAAGCCUUACUGCUUACCACGCAAUCAUAGAUUUAUGCGUUGAUUGCGCUAAAAAGGUAGAUCCCGAUAAUAUGGCAGACUUUUAUUACAAGAAUAGUAACGACGCAGUCAAUCAGGACAGUUACAACUACUUUCUAAAAAGAAUGAAUAUAUACAAAGAAAUAAUGGCGGUAUUUGAUCAUUUGUGUGCAGGACCUGCAUCUUUACUUCCUGCGAGUAUUAGCACGGCUUCAAAAGAAGUCCAAAGCUACUUGUUGCAGCAAGAUCACAUUGAUAUAUUGCAACAAUUAGUUCAGGAUUGUUUACAGCGGCCAGACGAAUUACUUCAUGUCGCAGUUUAUGAAUGGAUGAUGGCAAAGAAGAUGGAUAGUAAUUUAAUAAGAAUUACUCAGCCUUCAUUGGAAAAGUAUCUUAUAAAAGAAGCAGAAAGGAACGACAAUAAUUUGCCCGCCUUGGAGUUAUUAUGGAAAUACUACGAGGGUAAUGAUAACCAUGCUGACGCCGCCAAUAUACUUUAUAAGCUCGCAAGUAAACCAGGCAACUCGUUAACAUUAAAACAGCGCGUGGAACACCUAUCCAGAGGAGUAAUGUGCAUGAGAAGCGACAAAAUAGGAUACGCACCUCAUCUCGGAAUUAUGCUGAGGGACCUAGAAGAUAAAUUAUUAAUAGCGAAAGUUCAAGAGCAAGUUUUAAAUGCCAUCUUCAGUCUUCAAAGUGGAAGCAGUACAGCGGAAGAAGCAAUAAAUGCGCUUAACAAUCACCUAUUUGAUCUCACCGAGCUGUACGAGGAAUUCUGUGAUCCUUUUAACUUAUGGGAAUGUAAAUUAUCAAUUAUCGAUUGUGCUGGAUACUCCGAUAGUUCAGUAAUAGAAAAUGUGUGGCAACAUCUUAUUGAUGAAUAUAAAAUGGUGCCUGGAUCGGGCGACGAUAAAGUCACAGUAGUUUUAAAUAAUGUUUUAGGUUUAAUACGUCGUUACAAUACCUCAACAAGUACAAUUCCUCUUAAUUAUAUCAUAGAAAAAUUAGAAGCAUUAAGCGUUAGACAAAAAGCCGACCCUGCCAUAGUACCAAGACUGAUGUCAUCCGAAGUGCCUAUGGAAACAAUGGUUCAGUGUUUUAAUGAUCUUGUUGGUGCAACAGGUGGUGAUCGUUUUUGGUCAUUAGAAGAAAAUGAAUUUUACUUGGCCCAAUCUUUUGCUGAACUAGUUGAUGUUUUUCUAUCCAACAAAAAUUCGUACGAUCAUUCUACGAGGUCCCGGAUUAAGGCACCUUGUGAAGAUACUGUAGCAAAGUUAUUAUCCAGCUUAUAUAGUAAACCUAACACAGAUGAAUUAAUUAGCAUCUUAAGAGGAAUUCAAUCAAGAUUAGCGAAAUGUUAGCACAGCUAUUACCUAUUAUCUUAAGCUACUCUGUUUUUUACAAUGAAUUUACGUGGACAUAAUUCCUGUUUGUUUUUUUUAUUGUACUAGAGAUUAAGGAUUAAGGAAAUAUUUCAACACCCAUUUAUUUUUAUGGAUCAUUCUCAUUUUUUCGUAUAUUUUAAUGUUUGCAUCAUUUAAAAAGUACAUAAAUCAUCAUGUAAAUGUAGUAAUUUCUAACAUUAAACACAAAAUAUUUUUG